AACACAUCGCCAGCGGCUGAUUGCCAAAAAGGGCUAGCUAUAAAUGGAGGAACUUGUUAUACCAAGACAACAGUAUACAGAGGAAGACUAGACCAACAAUGAUGUACCGCCUGACCCUGCUGGCCUUGACAGCCCUUAUUGGAAGCUAUGGAGCCAUGGGAGCCGACAUCAACAUCUGCUCGGGUGUCGUCAGCAAUCUGUUCCUGCCGCACAUCAGCAACUGCAGCCAGUACUACUUGUGCAUGAGUGAAACGGCUGUGCCUCGGGAGUGCCCGCAAGGCUACUAUUUCGAUGCUACCGAUCAGCAGUGCGUGGUUGUGGAGGAAGUCAGGUGCUUGCCCACUUGUCCCGCCAAAGGCCUCACAUCUUUCUGCUACGACCGCACCUGUACCAAGUACGUGCUCUGCUUCGACGGCACACCCGUACUUCGACAAUGCUCCGACGGCCUGCAGUACAAUGCCCAGACGGAUCGCUGCGACUACCCACAGUAUGUGGAUUGCGUGGACAACCUCUGUGUCAGGCAGAACAAUCCUGCGGCCAUUGUCUACAUAGCCAGCAAGUCGUUGUGCGACAAGUACUUUGUCUGUGUGGACGGUCUGCCACAAGUCCGGAACUGCACCCGCGGCCUGCAAUACAAUGCCGCGACGACGAGCUGUGACUUCGCCUCGAAGGUCAACUGCACGGUGGAGACUCUGCAGCGCAAUAUCCUGCCCUAUGCGAAGGCUCCUCCCCGAAGCGCCGGCAUUGUAUGCCCUGCCGAGGGUACUCACUUUUAUGCACACAAGAACCGCCAGGAUUCCUACUACUACUGCCUGAAUGGACGUGGUGUCACCUUGGAUUGCACACCCGGUCUCGUCUACGAUGCCAAGCGCGAGGAAUGCCGUGAACCUCAAUUCGCGACUGCUUAAGGAGAAUCCCUCACAGAAAAUAAAUUGCACUUGUCUCUCAAAAAUA